ACGUAGGAGGGUUGGUGUGCAUGUGCACAGCUCAGUACAUCCAGUGGAUGCAUCUCAUGCUACGUGUCGAGCAGCAAACUGUACAGACCUAAGCUUUCUUCCCCCACGUGUAUAGAUAGGUAUAGCAUGACAAUUAUCUGAAACUCGACAAGAACCUCUCCAAGCUAUAUCUCAUCCAAGUUCUGACGACUCGUCUCUUAGUUCCUAGAAGUGCAAACAAUGGGAAAAACAAAUGAGAGGUUGUUUGAAUGUGAUAUCUGUGGGAAAGCAUUCAAGAGACGAGAUCACUUGAAGGUGCAUACCACAGUGCACAGAAAGAAUAAACCCUUCAAAUGCACCUCUUGUGGCAAAUCCUUUGGACAGUCGGCCCAUCUAGUAGAUCACAAGUCGGUUCACACUAAGGAUAAACCGUUUGCAUGUGACUUAUGUGGGCAGACUUUCGGUCACAACAGUAGCAGAAGAAGGCACCGAAAAAUACAUACAAAUGAAAGACCUUACACUUGUGACAAGUGUGGGGUCUCCUUCGCGCGCAAAGGCGGUCUCAAAAAUCACACAAGAACUCAUACUAAAGAGAGGCCUUACUCAUGUGAAACGUGCGGUAAAACUUUCGCCCAAAGAAGCACCAUAAGCCAGCAUCGUUUGAUUCACACGAAGGAGCGCCAUUUUGUUUGUAGCCACUGCGGCAAAGCUUUCCCAGACAACGGGGCUUUAAAACGCCACGUCCAGAUCCAUACCAAUGAAAAACCAUUUUCCUGUAGCGUUUGUAAGAACUCAUACGCACGAAAAUAUCAGCUGAAAAAUCACAUGAGAACGCACACCAAUGAGAGACCAUUCAUGUGUGACGAAUGUGGGAAGUCCUUUUCUCGCUUAAGCUCUUAUAGAGUUCACCAGUUAACCCAUAGUAAGGAGAACCUGUUCAAAUGCGAUCAAUGUGAGAAGUCCUUUACACAUAAAAGUUACCUCAAGAAGCACACCAUGCGGAUCCACUCAGGCGAGAAGCCAUACCAGUGUGACGUCUGUAACAAGUUCUUCUCGGUCUUGAACGAUCUAGCGAGUCAUCGGAAGAUUCAUACUGGUAUAAGACCAUUUGGAUGUAGUUUGUGCGAGAAAUUUUUCCCGCGUAGAAGUGAGCUUCGACUUCAUCAGGUUGUCCAUACGAAGGAGAAACGUUUCGGUUGUGAGACCUGCGGAAAAUGCUUUGCACAACUCGGACAAUCCAAACGCCACCAGCGAAUCCACACAAAGGAAAGGCCAUUUUCAUGCGACAUCUGCAGCAAAACCUUUGCGCGGAAGUGCACUCUUACCGCACACAAGCGAACCCACACCACUGAGAAACCAUUUACAUGCGAUCUUUGUCAUAAAUCGUUUGUCCACGGACGAAAUCUUAGAGUACACGCUAAGGUUCACACGAAUGAAAAACCGUUUUCAUGUGAAAUUUGCGGGAAAUCGUUCCUGCAGUCCAGCUGCCUUAACAGACAUCAUCAGAGAGUACAUGCAGCAGAGAAACCCUUUGCUUGUAAGACUUGCGGCAAGGCUUUCGCCCGGUCACCUGACUUGACCAAUCACUUACGAAUCCAUUCCGAGCAUAAACCAUUUGCAUGUGAAGUUUGCAAGAAGGCAUUCGUAGAUAAGAGCUCUCUGAGGAAACAUCGAGGGAUUCACACGGAUGAGAAACCUUAUUCUUGUGAUAUCUGCGAUAGGCCAUUCCUUCUUGAAGGUAAUAUGAGAAGCCAUCGGGCAACUCACUUCGAAGAGAAACAAUUCCUUUGUGAAAUAUGUGGGAAGUCAUUUAGACGAAACGGAUACCUUGGAGAACAUCUUCGAAUUCACGAAAGGAAGAAGCGUGAAGGCCUAUCAAAAACACCCUUGUCUUCCAAGAGAAAGUAGCAUGUCAUGGAUUCGAAUCCCGGUCGAUUACUUGUGUCAUUGAGUAGUUGUUUUACAUCAGUUCUUUUGAUGACCCUACAUCUCCAUUACUGAAACAAUUGUUAUUAAAAAAGGCGUAUACCUCCACAUACUGUUAUUAAGUUGUAUAAUUAUUUGCCCCCUAUAUUGUAUAUGUACAAAUGGUAUGAAAAUAAACCUAAGACCUGAAUGUAAGAGUGAAGAGGCACUCUUUGAAGAGCCAUAUAAAGGACAACUCUUUUUCGAGUGGUCUUCCGCUCUUUUAGAUUUAAGUUUGCAUCUUUUUGAGUUAUUUUUUACUCUGUCCUAGAGUGAAACCCCUCUAAAAGAGUGAAAUAACCACCACUCUUUUUGAAGAGCCAUAUGAGGGACAGCUCGAAAUG